AUGGCCGAAGCAGUUCAAGUCAUCCCCAACCUCGACGCGCUCGACGCGCUAACCGCCGCCAACAAAUACGUCAUCCUCGACUUCACAGCGCAGUGGUGCCCGCCGUGCAAGGCCAUCGCCCCCCUCUACGGGAAGCUGGCGGCGGCGCACGCAGUGGACAAUGCCAUCGCGUUCGGCAAGGUGGACGUGGACGACGCGGCGGACGUCGCGAAGAAGUUCAGCAUCAGCGCCAUGCCCACCUUCAUGUUCCUCGUCGACGGCGAGCCCGCGGGCAUCGACGUUGGCGGCGCCGCGGGCCCGCUCGCCGGCCGCCAGACCGUGGUGCGUGCCGAGGGUACCGGGCCCGAAGGCCCGCUGGUUGCGAUCCGUGGUGCCGACCCCGCGAGCUUGACGCACGCGAUUAAGAAGGUGGCGGAACUGGCGGCAGCGGCCAAGCCGGAGGAGGCUGGUGAGAGUGCUUAG